UGCUUUAAAGAAAGGCGUCUCUCUCUCUCUCUCGCUUUUUUUUCACACUCUCUCUCUCUUUCAUUCAUCAUCAUCCUCAAAGGUCUCUUCACUCCCCUCUCUCUAAUUCUCGGAGCCUUAUUAAUUCUUUUAUCCUCAGCUUCUCGAGGAGCUUAUCUAGCAAUGGAAGGAGUUCCAGGGGUCAAUCAUACUGUUCCAAAUCCUAAACAUUAUGACAAGUCAAUAGUGCUAGAUGUAAAACCACUGCGAAGUUUAAAACCUGUUUUUCCAAAUGGUAAUCAAGGUCCACCUUUUGUUGGUUGUCCACCUUUUGGUCCUUCAUCUGAGUAUUCUCCUUUCUACCCCUUUGGAGCACAACAACCAACGCAAGAUACUCCUGAUCUCAACCAAACUCAGGACACACCUCCUCCAUCGUAUGUUCCACCUCUUCGUUCCUAUAGAACACCUACUGAAUCAAAUGGCCCCAGCAGCUCCAGUGCAACUAAAAGAGGAGUUGGUCGACCUAAGGGAAGUGGUAAUGUGAAGAAAAAAGAGAAGCAGACUGCGGCCAAAGAGACGAAUUUGGAUGUUCAGGUAGUGAAAAGAUUUAGUGCAGAUUUUGAUAGUGGGAUCAGUGCAGCAGAGCGAGAAGAUGGAAAUGGGUACUUAGUAAGUAGUGUAUUGACGCGUUUUGAUGCAGUUAGGAGGCGGCUCAGCCAAGUAGAUUAUGCAAAGGCAGCCACUUCGAAAGCAGCAGGUAUUCUGAUGAGCAAUGGGGUGCGGACAAACAUGAAGAAGAGAGUUGGAACGGUUCCUGGAAUCGAGGUUGGAGAUAUCUUCUUUUCCCGUAUAGAGAUGUGUUUAGUGGGUCUUCACAUGCAGACUAUGGCUGGCAUUGACUAUAUAACUAGUAAGGUUGGCUCAGGUGAAGAUCCUUUAGCAACUAGCAUUGUUUCCGCUGGACGUUAUGACGGUGACGCCCAGGAUCCUGAGUCCUUAAUUUACAGUGGACAAGGUGGCAAUGCAGACAAGAACGGACCAGCAUCUGAUCAAAAGCUUGAAAGGGGUAAUCUAGCAUUAGAGAAAAGUUUAAGGAAAGGCAAUGGAGUAAGAGUCAUAAGAGGGGAGGAGGAUGCAGCUACUAAGACAGGAAAGAUCUAUAUCUACGAUGGACUUUAUUCGAUCUCAGAGUCAUGGGUAGAGAAAGGAAAAUCUGGUUGCAACACAUUCAAAUAUAAAUUGGUGAGACUCCCUGGUCAACCACCUGCUUUUGGUGUCUGGAAAUCUGUUCAAAAGUGGAGGGAAGGUUUGACUACAAGACCAGGCCUUAUCCUUCCAGAUCUCACUUCAGGAGUUGAAAGUAAACCUGUUUCGCUUGUGAAUGAUGUUGAUGAGGAGAGGGGUCCUGCUUAUUUUACCUAUAUUUCCUCUCUAAAAUACUCGGAGUCCUUUAAACUAACUCCACCCGCAAAUGGCUGUUCCUGCAUUGGCUCAUGUUCACCAGGGGAUCUUAACUGCUCUUGUAUCAGAAAAAAUGGUGGUGAUCUCCCUUACCUUAAUGGGGUUAUGCUAGUGUCUCGGAGACCUAUGAUAUAUGAAUGUGGCCCAACGUGUCCAUGUCAUGCCAACUGCAAAAACAAAGUGAUUCAGACAGGAUUAAAUUCCUGCCUGGAAGUGUUUAAGACAGAAAAUCGUGGUUGGGGUUUACGUUCGUGGGACUCCAUCCGUGCUGGUUCUUUCAUAUGUGAAUAUGCUGGUGAGGUCAAAGACAAAGGCAGGCUUAGAGAGUACCAAGAUGAGGAUGAGUAUGCUUUUGAUACAUCACGUGUUUUUAACUCGUUCAAGUGGAAUUAUGAGCCUGCACUAGUAGAUGAGGACCCUUCAGAUGAAGUUCCCGAGGAAUUUGAUCUCCCAUCACCAGUCCUAAUCAGUGCCAAGAAAUUUGGAAAUGUCGCUCGGUUCAUGAAUCAUAGUUGCUCCCCCAAUGUUUUUUGGCAGCCAAUUGUUUGUGAAGGAAACGGUGAAUCAGUUAUCCACAUUGCUUUCUUUGCCAUGCGUCACAUUCCUCCAAUGGCGGAAUUGACUUAUGAUUAUGGGGUUUCUGCUACGCCCGAGGCCGGAGAUGGGAGCUUUUUACAUGGAAAGAGGAAAUGUCUCUGUGGAUCGGAGCAAUGUCGUGGUUCAUUUGGAUGAUUUGAGACUGUUUAUCUAAUUCGCACAAUCCGUUUGAAACCAUUUUCCAUUGUCACAACUCACAAGACAUAGAUUCUUAUGUGUGUAGCAAAGUACAAAACUGGUGACUUUUGUUAUUCUUCGUAAGGUAAAAGUGGUUGUAGUUUUUCAAAAUCGUGUAUUGCAUUUUAUGUGACGAUGCAUACACAUCUAAUCUAUGUACUGGCAUCACAUCGGCUUUAGGUUCAAUGCUCAUGGUUUUGGUAAAAACAAACUCUAUAAAGCGAUUUGGUUAUGUUUUAAGCUUUUUGUAACA